AUGAGAAAUAAAUAUAUUAUUUUUCUAUAUUUAUUCGUAUUAAUAUCACAUAUUUAUUGUGUUCCUCCAAAAUGUAUAACAACAAAAAAUAUUUACAAGGAUAGUCAAGUAUUUGGGGAUGGAGUUACAAUAGAAAAGAAUGUCGAAUGGUGGUUUUUAGAACAAUUAAGUCACAGUAAAGGGGCUAUUUAUACUGAUAACACAUUAAAAGGAGGAAGUUCAGAGAUAAAUGAAAUUGCAAAUUAUAAUAUUAGAGAUCCAAAAGAACCAAACCCUAUUACAUCUACAUACAAACAGAGUUUACCAAAUAAAUCUGACAACAAAAUUAUAUAUAAUAGUUUGACUUAUAAUGAUCAGCCCAGUGGUAGUUACGAUAGUGUUUGUUUUUAUUAUUUAACUUUUUUUUUUUUUUUUUUUUUUUUUUGUUUAUCAUUAUUUGCACAUGCAAAAGGAUUUUUCAUUUGGAAUGAAGAAGGGGGAAUUCAUGUAAUUCACAGUGUUCCACAAUCUCCAGAAAAAGGAUAUGAACCUCUUUUUAAUUUCAAUAAAAAGACUUUAAAAAAUCAACAUGCUCAACAUUCAAUUUGUAUAACUUUGUCAAAAGAAGAACUUUAUAUUAUUCCAAAGUAUAUUAUUUAUAGUAAUUUAAAUAUUCAAACCAUUAAUACAGUUUCAACAGGAAAUGGUCAAAAGGUUAAAAAGGUAUCAUCAGCCGAUUCUUAUUCCAGAAAUCUCAAAACCAAGGUUGAAAAGAUAAGCUCAGGAGUCAUUAAGUUGGAAGAAAUUGAUAGUACAAUUUUAGCAACAAAAAUUCCCAAAACUUUUAAAGAAUUGGAUGGUCUAAUGAGUGAAUAUAUUUUUGUUGAAAAAAAGAAUGAUGGUGAUCCUGAUAUAUGGGAUGGAAUUAUUUAUUUAAAUAAAUGGUCACAAUUGGCAGUUUUAAUUCUAAACAAAGAUAUUACAUCAUCAGAUACAGCUCAUGAAACAAAUGUUCACUAUAAUAAAAUUUAUGAGAGUAAAAAUAAAGGGGAUUAUUUCAUUCAAACAACAAAUAAAAACCUUUAUAAAGCGUAUAAUAAAAAAAUUGACAAAGCUCACAAGGAAAAAAUUAAAUUUUUUAUACUUUGGCAUUACAUCGAUAAUUUUAAAAAUGGUAAUAAUUUUAAAACAAUGGUCCAUACUCAAACAAAGAUCGAAAAUGGACUAAAUGCAAUAUCUCCAGCAGUUGAAUCAGUUUAUCUUUCUUACAGAUUCGAAACACCUUGGUCAGAAGUUAUUAGCUCUGAUUCAGGAAGUGACCAUUCAAAAAUGUCUUAUCAAUUCAAUAAUAUGGAUAAAGCAUAUAGCGGUGGCGGUGGUGGAACUAUUUGCUUUGGUGAUUUAAAUUGGCAUGGAAGGCAAGAGGCACGUGGAGGUGGUUCUUUUUGCAGUGACGAAAUGAAAUAUCUUUCUGAAUACUUUUACAGAAGAGUUGGUAUAAUUAGACACCCAGAUAAAGGUCAAUAUCUUAUAAAAGCUUCUUUAAGAUUAAAUAGCAUUGCAGGUCAAAAGUUGAAUUUAAACGGAUUAAUAGAUAAAUAUCCACAGCGUCUAAAAGAAAUUUUAGGUAUCAGAAAGCUAGACUUUGAAACCAAGGUAAAAGGUUAUGAAGAUGAUGAAAAAUACUAUCAUUUGAAUCCAUUUAUUAUCGUUUACAAUAAUGAAAAAGAUAAAUUAUUUUCAAAUGAAUAUAACUAUGGUUAUGACAAUGUUUACAUUCCAUUAUUAACUCAACUUAAGGAUCAAACUACAAAUAAAUACAAAUCAGAGUUAUUCGAUUUCAAUGUGUUUCCAUCAAUCAAUGGGGAAAUUAUUUUAUGUGAUGAUAAUGAUGUCACUUGUAGCUUUGAAAAAUCCAAAUCUUACCAAUUGUUUAAAGAUAUCUAUGUUGAAUCAACAUUUACACUUACCUCAUCAAAAAAGAAUAAAAAGGUAACUGCUCUAACACAAAAUACCAUUAUCGAACCAACAUCAAUACUCACACCUUUCCCAGAUAAGAUAUAUAUCGAUUUAAAAAAUAUUGAUUUAGUAAAAGAACUUUAUGAAAAAUUGAAAUUUAUUAAAAAUAAAAACAUCAUUCAAUUGAAAGAAGUUAAAAUCAAAGAUGAUUUAGAACCAUUUAAAUUCCCAAAUAAAAUCGAAGGCGAUCAAAGUGAUAGCGAAGAAGGUCAUGAUGAUAAGGAUUAUAAUGAAAUUAAUAAAAAUAUAUGUAAAGCUUUUCCAAGUGAUACAGACUCAAAAAUCAUUAAAUAUCAUCCAGAUUGCCAAGAUCAUCUUAUCUAUUGUAUUCUCUUAACUGAAAAUAGACAUGGUGAUCUACAAAACAUCAAAUCCAAUGAUGAAUUAAUAAAAGUUUUGGGUGAAUAUACCAAAGGUAUAAACGGUGCAUUAAUAAUUUAA